UCCUCAUAGUAAACCGUCAUGUGCAGAGCGUUCUCGAAGUGUGUGGCGGCCUACAUUUUUCCCGGAAAAAAGUCAGAGUUACGGAUAGAAACACAACAGCUGGCUGAUCCUGAUGUGACUUUCCCCGUGCCUUCAAUUAGCAGUACAAUUUGCUCCGUCAUUUGUUCGAAUGUUGAAUUACGAGAACAACCACGAUGUCAGGUUCUACUACGACUACUGAGCGUCGGGACGCGGCCGAGGUGCGCGCUCGCGACCGGCGCGCUCCUAGCGGCCAGUGGCGCCCAGGGCGACGACGCGCCUUUGACCGGUCUUCGGCGUCUUUGCGCUCCGAUUCGCAUCGGGAAUUGGAGUAACAGCCCUGCCGGAACGAAGCAGCUCCGCGGAUCCCGCCCGAAGAAAAAGAUCGGAAUAUCCGUCAACAUGGCGCGGUGUAUAAGGACCCUUUACCGAUUACUUUGCUCAUUGUCAGUGCCGAGCGUUUGAUUACACGACAUAGCCGGAAGGGACGAUGUUUAAUUUCUUCGCCUCUGCAUAAAUGCCACUAUAAGAAACAUUAAGGAUACGCGAGCAGAUUGCUGGCAAGGGUGCGCGCAAGCAAUGUGCAUACAAACACACACACACACAUACACACAUAUAUAAGCGCACGUGCGUGAACGAACGAAGGGGCCGUUAGUGACAGUAGCUUUGUAAAACCACCUCCUAGCUUUCAGUUUUACAAUACACGCCACCUUCCUUUUGUACCUCUUUCCCCCUUGUCCCCCCGGAUAAAACGAUGCGCGCACGGUUACAUUAAAGCGGAAAGAGGCCGCGCUUUUCAAUAAGCGGACUGCCGCCGCUGCGUCUCGCCGCGAGAACGGCACAAUUAGUUAUUACCGUGAUCCACAAACCGGCGUUAUUAUCUUAAAAGCCGCUACUUCGUACAACGGCCGGAACUUUCCUCGGGGGAGAACGCUUCCGCGGAAAGUUGAAAUAUUAGCGGUUCCGCGAGCGUAAAUCGCGCCUCGUAAAUUUCGCCGCUUUCUUAUACGAAAAAUUGCGCAUCAGUUAUUAAUAAGUCGUAACGCGCCGCGUUGCGAAAAAUUUCUCUCUCAUCGCAAGGACUGGAUACAGAGCGGUAUUGAUUUUAUUCAACGUCUGAAACAAAGAAACAAGUCAUGCAAUGGCUAUUCCACUUGUCUGAUCUCGAUCUUCUCGAUAUACGUCUUUUUACGUACAAAAGUAAACCGCGCUAUAAAAUGCCAUCUGAUUCAAGCCUCAUCGGAAAAUAAAUUGUUAUUAAAAUAAAAACUGAAACAUAAUGAAUGUAGCAGCUGCGCGGAAAGAGAAAAUGAAACUCUCUGUUUUGCGAGAGGAAACAGCUUGAAAAUAUUUUCCAUAAUACAGAAAGUAUUGGCGAUCUGUUAUUGAUCUGACAAUGAAUCGAAUGCGCACAAAGUAGAAUUGUUCUAUAAAAUCUUUUGAUGGACA